CUAGCUUUUGCGGACAACCUAUUGGAGGUUUGCCUGACCCCUGUACUCGUCCGUCACCCUAGCCCACAUAUUGGUCAUGCAUACACAUUGUGCAUCGCUGACGCCUGGGCCCGUUACACCCGCUUACGUGGUCAUCCCUGCACCCAAGCUUUCGCCAGUCCCUCAACCGCCCUCCUCAGGCCUCCCACCGACGACCAGGUUUCAUCAACAAACGUCCUUCUUUCUACCGGCGUUGAUGAAUAUGGUUCUAAGAAGAGACUAGAAACAGGUGGUUUCUUUUACUGGAACAAGUUUUCCGGCUGGUACUGUGCUACCGACGAGGCAUUCUACGCGGACUGGGAGCUAGAGGACGCUGACAAAACCGGCAAAAAAGUUGCCAAGGCUUCGGGAAACGCAGUAGAAUGGAUCGAGGAGGAGACAUGCCGUUUCAGUUUAAAACAAUUCAAACCCGAUCUUCACAGGUGGCUCGAUUCCGGUGGUUCGUAUGCUGCUGCUGCAAACUUUUGCCCAUUUUCUCCCCUAGUCCAUCAUUUUAACGCAACUGUAGCAAACAAUACUAAUGCCAGCCUAUAG